GAGAGAAAGAAUCCUCGAGUUCACGGAGAAUCAAAGCACAGGCACUGCUGGACAGUCUCGGGCUAAGAGGAGACGUGUUUAUAUCCACAGGCAGCUCUAGCAUCUCUGAGAAGGCAGAUUCUGCAAAAAGAAUAGAAACCUCUUACCACAUCUCAACCAUCAAUCAUGAAUGAAAACCGCUUGGCUAUUGACAUUCUUCUCUUGUGUAUAUCCUGUGGAGCAAGUGCACUGGCAGCCUUCAGUCCCACAGCCUCCUCAUCCCUGCCAGCGACCAAUUUGACUGAUAUUGGCUCUGCACCCCCAAAAUAUCUCACAGAGGCUGCAAAAAUUCCUAAAACCAGACGGAAACGUUAUAUUUCACAGAACGAUAUGCUUGCUAUCCUUGAUUACCAUAAUAAAGUUAGAGGGAAAGUUUUCCCCCCAGCCUCAAACAUGGAAUAUAUGGUCUGGGAUGAUACUCUUGCAAAGACGGCUGAGCAGUGGGCAUCCACUUGUAUUUGGGAACAUGGUCCUCGCAGUCUUCUUAGAUUUCUGGGUCAGAACCUUUCAGUCCGAACAGGAAGGUAUAGAUCCAUUUUGCAGCUUGUGAAGCCCUGGCAUGAUGAAGUGAAGGACUAUUCGUUUCCAUAUCCUCGAGACUGCAAUCCCAGAUGUCCCCUUAAGUGCUAUGGGCCAAUGUGCACUCAUUAUACACAAAUGGUGUGGGCAACCUCAAAUAAAGUAGGAUGUGCCAUUAAUACUUGCCAUAAUAUGAAUGUUUGGGGCUCCGUAUGGAAGAGGGCAACAUACCUGGUGUGCAACUAUUCUCCAAAGGGGAACUGGAUUGGUGAAGCCCCAUAUAAAGUAGGUGUUCCUUGUUCCAUGUGUCCUCCAAGCUAUGGAGGAUCGUGCAGUAACAACAUGUGCUUUCCUGCUGUGAACUCAAAUUACCUGCACUGGUUCAAAUAAACACAGACAGAAUGCACAUGCCCCAUCACAGAGACACUGUCCCUAGUGGGAAUUUGCACAACAUUCCUGCAUCACCCUGUUUUUAUGUAUAUGGGCCAUAUAGGGCCAAGGGUUUUGCAAGGCUGCUUUUUUUUUAAAUGAUCUGUACAUAACUUAUUUUUUUAUUGUUUAUACCAUGUAUUGAUAAAUGUAUUGUUUUGUGUAUGGACCCAUUUAAUGGAAAUAGUUUUCAUUUCCUAAGAGGGACUUUACUGUGAUCUGUCAAGAUGAUUGGUGCUUGUAGUGAUUAGCUGUAAUUGUACUUCGUCUACUUGUUAGCAAGUCUAACAUUGCAACUUUUCUGUAGUCCCAGGCUAGCCUUUAGUCACGGUCACACUAAUUUGGAGUAUGUGAAAGUACAGUAUUGUAUCAUCGCCUCAUUUAAAAAAAAAAACAUAAUUUAACACAUACCUAAAAGCUGCAUUUUGCCAUUAUGCAAUGCUAUAAUUCUGCACAUUUAAAGUUGGCAUCUUUUAAAUUCUACUAAGUGGUCAUCGCGAUCUUCUAAUGGUCACAUCUUCACAUUGUAUGAAUUUGGAAAUGCGAGUUCACAUUGAACUUUUGAGCACUGCAAAAUUCAAUGGGCAUGCUUCAGCUUAUAGUCUUCUGCAUUCAUAUUUCUAUUAAUGGAAGUCAGUUAAAUGCACCCAUCCGCCCCAUUGCUAUUGUCAUUGACCUGACUGGGUUUUUUCAUCUGUGGAGGACAAACCUCAGAUUACAUGAUCUAGAUAAAAAUCUGUGCCUACUGGGCAUGAACCCAUCAAUGUAGCAUAAUUUUUGCAACACUGUACAACAAUAACUGCUAUUUUUACAUUACUGUGAUGGGUAGGUAUAGGGUUAUGUAGGUGUAAAUGUUAAUAAAACACAUUUUAUUGGUUAAUUAAAAAAAAUAUUCACUAUAGCCCUUCUAACAACAACCUACACUCACUGGCCACUUUAUUAGGUACACAUUACUAGUACUGGGUUGGACCCUCUUUUGCCUUCAGAACGGCUCAGGCUGUGGCAUUGACACAAUACUCAGUUGGUACUAAUGGGCCCAAAGUGUGCUAGGAAAAGAUCCAGCACACCAUUACACCACCACCAGAACCCAGAAUCAUUGAUGCAAGGCAGGAUGGAUUCAUGAUUUCAUGUUGUUGACGCUAAAUUCUGACCCUACCAUCUGAAUGUCGCAGCAGAAAUCGAGACUCAUCAGACCAGGCAACGUAUUUCCAAUCUUUUACUGUCCAAUUUUGAUGAGCCUGUGCGAAUUGUAGCCUCCGCUUUCUGUUCUUUGAUGGCAGGAGAGGCAUCCGGUGUGGUCUUUUGCCGCUGCCAGUUUUGACGUGUUGUGCGUUUAGAGAUGCUCUUCUGCAUACCUCUGUUGUAACGAGUGGUUAUAUGAGUUACUGUUGCGUUUCUAUCAGCUGAAACCAGUCUGGCCAUUCUCCUCUAACAACUGGCAUCAACAAGGUAUUUGCGCCCACAGAACUGCAGCUCACUGUUUAUUUUUAUUUUUCCGACCAUUCUCUGUAAACCCUAGAGAUGGUUGUGUGUGAAUCCCAGUAGAUCAGCAGUUUCUGAAAUACUCAGACCAGCCCGUCUGACACAAAAAACCAUGCCACAUUCAAAGUCGCUUCAAUGACCUUUCAUCUCCAUUCUGAUGUUCAGUUUGAACUGCAGCAGAUCAUCUUGACUAUGUCUACAUGACUAAAUGCAUUAAGUUAAUGCCAUGUGAUUGAAAUUUGCGUUAACGAGCAGUUGGACAGGCAUACCUAAUAAAGUGACCGGUGAGUGUAGACUUUUUGUUGUGAAGCAUCACAAAAAGAAACGAUUGAAUCUUACAUCCCUAUGCCUAUUUUUCAUUUACGAAUGCCCACACACCCUACAUCAAGUUAAUGCACAUAAUUCGAAUGGAGUUUAAUAUUUUUUCAGCUGUUAUCAUUCAGGGAAACAUUCAUAAUUGCUUAUUUUGUCGUUACUAAUCGUCAUGUUCUGCAGAACAUGGAUUAAUUUAUUUUGAAGUGUUCUGGUUCCCGUUGAGUUCCAUUGCAUUGUAAACGGAGUGGAAUAACAACUUGGAGAAGAACUCCAUAACUUCUUUGUGCAUAAUAUGUUGUAUUUUAUAUUUAUUUUUAAAAAAAUCCAAUAUUAAUUUUGGUAAAAACAUGCACUCGUUUUCCAUAUUAAUUGAAAUAUAUGUAAAUGGCACAUAUAGAGCCUGUGUAUUCCUUUACAAAUAUUAUUGAGCCCAUUACAUAUUCUAUUCUAAAACAUAAAACCACUCACAAAAGCUAACACCUAUUCUAAUAUCAUAUAUAAAUCAUAUAAUAAAAUA